UGAGGAGCAUUUCCUUGUUUCGUUUUUAAAAUAAUUGCACCAGUUUGUGAUUCAAGAUGGAGUAUAUAUUUCUUAUGCAAAGCGACUAAAUGGUCACAAUCUGCCUGUUGUGGUCUGCUCUCGCCUUAUUUUUCAGAAGCAUACAGUUAAAAUCUUGCUGUUGCAGUGAUAACCCAUCUUUCCUUAAAGGGUGAUUUGCAGGCUUCACCCCAUUGCACCCUUGCAUCACUCCUGCAGUGGAGAGGUCCAAUGGGCAUGAUUAUUUUAUUUUUUUCGUUGCAUUUGUAUCACAGUUUUUUCUCUCCAAACUGCUCAAAUUGGCAUACAUAGUUUCUUCUCCCCAUUUUAUCUUCACAACAAUGAUGUGAGCUGGGUUAGGCUGUGUGGGGAGGUGACUGGCCCAAGGUCACCCAGUGAGCUUCAUGGCUGAUUGAGGAUUUGAACCCUGGUACUGCAAGUUCUAGGCUGACACUCUAAUCGCUACACUACACUGACUCGAUUGAUUUCAUCAAACAGUAUCCAGAUACCCAGAUUCCUGCACAGAACAAACUACCUGAAGAGGCCUUUUCUGUUUGUGGAUGAACUACCUGAAUGUGAAGUAGCCUACUUACAGGAGUUCAGUUUUUUUAGAAUACAGUUGUGUCCUCAGUGUUGAAUCAUUCUUGUCUAGCAUCAUGGCUGGGGUGGCAUUGUGUGAACCAACAGAACUGUAUAAUAUGUUGAACCAGUCCACAAAAAUCUCUAGACUAGCAGAACCAAACUAUCUCUGUUUAAUGGAUGCUCGUACGAGGAGGGAGUACAAUGAAAGCCACUUGAUGACAGCGAUACGAGUCAGAAAGAAUGCAUUGGGCAAAUUCAUAGUUCCUCCGUCCGUCAAUCUGGAGUGCGUCCGAUACUGCGUGGUAUACGAUGGCAAAUCUACCUCGGUGGAUGCUGCUUACGACAUAGAUUAUGAUUUGUAUGAAGUGGAUAAAGAACUAACCCCAUAUGACAUGGGAGAGGACAUCAACAAAUUAAGAACCAAGCCAUCUUCUGAGGAGAAUGCCCCAGUGGGAUCCGCACCUCGCUGUGCCAGGAUUAUGCAGCGGUUCACCAGUUACCCAGUCCUUGUCCUGAGGGGCGGGUACGAAUUGUUCACAGCGACUUACCAUUACCUGCGGACCCAGAAGAUAUUCUGGAUGCCUCAGGAGCUAGAGGCCUUUAAGCCCUACCCAGUGGAGAUCCUGCCUGCUCGCUUGUACAUGGGAAAUUACGCUCAGGCCUGCGACAGCCAAAUACAGAAGGAUCUGAAAAUCAAAGCCCAUCUCAAUGUCUGCGAAGAAGCUGGCACAUUUUUCCUUGAAGACAGUGACAGACUGCUUCAUAUCCCCAUUCCGGAUUCUCCAGAUGCAGAUAUGUUUUCUUACUUUCCCAAGAUUUGCCACUUCAUUGACAGUCACAUCCACAAGGAGAGAGUCCUGGUUUUCUCCACCAUGGGCAUAAGCAGGUGCAGCACAGCCGUCAUGGCCUACCUCAUGCAUUCCUGCAGGCUUUACUUAAAGAAGUCCUGGAGCUACGUUCAGAAGUGCAAAAUCAACAUGCGGCCCAAUCGAGGGUUCGUGCGACAGCUGUCAGAAUGGGAGACACGCAUCUACCUGAGUGACAUCACCGAUAUCUCCGAACCGAAUUACUGACCAAGAGCGAGUGACAGAGAAAGUCCCUGAAUCACUGCUGGCUUCCUGCAGUGGAAUUUCAACGGCUUUUGAGUGGUGGUGAUUCAGAUAGAACUCUAUAUUUUUGGAAGUUUAUUUUUUAAAAAAACAAUAAUAAUAAUAAAAAAAAUAAUUUUUCACUAUCAUUA